AAAAUUUGUUUCUACUCAUGAUUAGACGUCAAUCAAUAUUAUCAUGCAUACGUAAUUCGAAAAUUGGUUCCCUCAAGGCGACAUUAUCGAAUAGACAGAUCAUUGUCGCGAAACUGAUGCUCACCGCGAUACCGGCGGCGAUAAUGAGACGCGUACUUUAAUCGCGUUCCGCGCACUGCGGAACGCAGUUAAUCUUCGUUAUUGCACGUCGUGACGUCGACGCGUAAUCGUUAUAUACGGCGCGAGAUGGACGCGAGCAAUUUUGAUCAAUGUAACAGUUUCCUCAAACGAGCGGAACGCCUCCGACCUGCUCUUGCGAGCGCGAGCGUAUCGUUUACGUGAGUCAGUCUCGCUUAGGUCGAAAAGAGGUCCUCGUUUCGGGAACGAAAUCACCGGCCUGAAGAGCGGGCAUGCUUCUUGCUUAUUUUUUCCUCAAAAACAGCCAAUUUCGUGUAAUCUUCUUGCGAGAGCGGGGCGUGGCUCAGACCACAGGGAUACUUUGGUAGGCAACUGCGACGUGUGUCAUUAACCGAAUCCUUCAACUGACCGUGGUCGGUCUCUGCUUCCCCCUUUUCGAAGUUGAAUGAAUAAGUUUAGAAUUACGAAGGUGUGGUCCACCCGAACUGACCGUAGGUUAAUGAUACGCGUAGCAAUAAUCUCUAAAGAGUUCCUACAUGCUCAGUAUUAUUUGCACAAUAUUAUUAAUCGUCUAAAAGCUAUAUUUAGUUUUCAAUUCUCUAAAAAAAAUAUUAUACAAGCGGCUGCUUAAUAUGCGAUGUCUCGAUAUUCCUUAAAAAAAAAAAAAAACCGAAGAAAUGAAGAAUUGAAGAAUAUCGCUAGAUAGUUUGAUUGACAUGGCAAUUAAUAUUGGACAUUAUUAGAAUUGUCAAAUGUAGUUAGCGUCACGACAAGUCUCUAGGAUUUUUCACAUAUCUUUUAGUGUCGCGCAAAACACGUCCAUGACCUACAUGUGUGUGCGCGCGUUCAGCGGUAAAGCACUAAAGAUCACGUCAUACGGAGGCGUAAGCACUUACAUUAAAAUCAAACAUCGCACAAUUUUCUCAUAAAAAUUCAUUCCAUCUGUAACGCAUAUACGUCGUAUGUACUCUAACGUCUUAAUUGAACAAGAAAUUGCCAGGCAUCUCCAUCGGCGCGCAAGAACCUAACAACCGGGAUGCAGGCGUAAGAGCAUUUUAGUACCACGCUAUUAACCGGCUAAUCUAUUUUGAAAUUAAUGUCGGAAAAGAGCUGAUAUUAUCGCGGCGCGAGACCAGUCCGGCCGGUCGGCGAUUGUCGACCGGCGGCGGCGGGAGCUCUCCGCGAACUCUCCUAUCGUUUGCCGAACGGCGAUAAACAAACGUCGCGUCGAUACAAAUCCGUCUUCGCGCGGACAUUACGCGUGGUCAACCGUAAACGCGUGUUCUACUACGAGGUAGAGGUCUCAUCUGCCGACGAUACCCGUAGUCAUCCCACAUCCCACCCGCCGCAGAAACACCCUCCACUUCCGCCUGGCUUGGCAGCCACUCCUCUCAGCAGCCUCCGAUGAUACUUCCUCUCGCGCGCGUGUAUCUCGUCAGUCGGCCUGGAGCCACGUGCGUGUGCUCGCUCGAGUGGCUCCCGCACGAGCGACACAUCGGACAGUGUCAUUUCGUGCCGAUGAAUCGCGCGAUCGAGCUGUUCUACUGCGCGUACGUCCGAUGACAGAUGAACGUCUUUGAGCGGGGUUACCGGUGUAGAAAGACGAUUGCAUUUCCCGAGUCAUACUCAUACACGCACACACACAUAUAUAUACAUUCGUCUUCAUUAUCGAAAAAUCGAUCGAUGAGAAAGCUAGCUGCAGAGAAUCCAGCUGCUAAUGGACUAAGAGAGAUACCGGCUUGUUGAUGACGUACGCGGGAUAGGAUAAUUGACGAAGAACUCGGGAAAGAAAAAGCUGAAGAGUAACUAAAAAGCAGCUCUACCAAUUUAUCUGUGUCAAGAUGCCGAGACUACACACGCAAUGCACCUAACAUAUUAAAUGUUCUUUCAUCUCGUCGAGAAACAAAUAGCACGAGAUACUAAUGGAUACAGGAUGCUCAUACGUGUUCAACGAAUCCAAGAUCCAGUAGCUCGCGAAGAAUACAAUCGCGUAAUCGAACGCCGACUCAAAGGAGGACCGAAAUAUCUCAUCGCGAGUUCAUCGAUCAAGCUUGCCGAGACGCGGUAUGAUUCGCCACCAAUGCCGACGGCGUAUGUACGCGGGAGAGUGCUUCGAGGAAGAACAAAGAUAUCACCGCGAGCUGAGAGCGACUAGGUAGCUCUCAAAGGUGAAGACAGACAGUCGGUUGGAAGUCGGGAGAACUAAAAAUAUCAGCCGGUUCCGCGGUUGGCCGGCGGUGUGCGCCCGCAGCAGCCCCGCCACGUCGUCGUAUAUUCCACGCUGGACAAUUUUACCGGCUGGAGAGGAGAGUGAUAUCUCCAUGAGACAGGGCUCGCCUUUAAUCUCGCGGACGGCGAUUCGCGGUAAACGACUAUCCGGCACGAUCGUCGUUACCGCAACGAGCCCGCCGACAGACCGGACAUUCACGGGGAACGCGAUCGCGCCGCGUCUUCACGCGUGAUCUACGGUGGGCUGCGUCUCCGUCUACCACCGCUACUCGUCGUCGCGACGUCGCGUCGUCCACCGUCGUCUGCUAUUGCUGUACACACUCGUCGAAGAUAACGUCAAAAAUAGCAGAUCGAGUUCGGACUUGGGGCGCAGUGUCAAGGCCAAGAGCCCGUCGUUUCUCGCGACAGACGGAUUAGACGACGGUGGUGCUCGAGCAUCGGAGAAUCGAGCCACGGAGAGUCUCCCCCGGUCUCACCGACGGGCCACGUACGCGAGCGCGCGGCACACGCACGUUGGCUCCCUCGUCCUCCGUCGCCAGGGUGGGUAGGUAGAUACGCGUGGAACAGCCGUCGAGAGACCGAGCGAGCCACGUCGGGCCCACGUUUGCAGGGAGCGAGCGGCAGCACGUCGCGAUCAUGACGCGAUGCGUCCGCGACAGAAGCACCACCGGUCUGCCUCGCCGCCGACGAAUGCGUCCCCGUCGCCGUCGAACCGUCUGCGCUCGUCGCCCUGCUGGCUGCGAUCCACCGAUCCACUUCCGGGCAUGAUCGCCGGCGACGCCGCCACGAUCUUUCGAGUUUUCGUCGUCUUGCUCACCCUCGGUUACGUGGUCGCUGCCAACUGUUCGAAUGAGGAUAAGGCAUUCGUCUUUGGAGUUAAGGGCAACGAAAGCUGCCUCCAUUCGACCGAUCAGCCGUCUACCGUAGAGCAUUUGCCAAAGAACAAAGCGAUAAAGUCGUACUUUACAAACUGGAGCGAGUGGUCGGUGUGCGAUCGACAUUGCACGCAAAAUCGCGUCAGGAGGUGCCGAUCGAAAAAAGAUUGCGGGACCACUGUACUUAGGGAGGAACGUGGUUGCGAACAUCAUCGUGAGGUUCGCCAAAGGCGAUGCAAACAACGCCAGCGCCGGGGACGUCGACGAAGAAACAAAAGAUUUCACGUGGUUCAAGUACCUAAGGAAGCGGAGCCUAGGCAUGGAAAACAAAAAGGCAAAAAUAGCAAGGAGCACUCCGGAAAGCAUUAUGGAAAAUGGAGCAAAUGGUCGCCUUGCACGAGAUUGUGCACUACUCAACGUCACAGAUGGUGCAGAAAGCCAGGCAUCUGUGGGCGCGACGUGAUACGAGAGAGCGCCUAUUGCUACGUCGAAGGUAGCUUCUGCCAAAGAUGGAUCCAUCGAAAAAUUCGUGGUAGCCACGAAGAGGACGGCGAUGGUACGCGUAAUCCAACAAGAUUGAAUAUUAAUACAAAAAUACAAGCGAUCACUUUCAUCGAUUUUUUAGACUUGGUGUUGGACGAGUUCGAACUCAAUCCUAACACUGUGGAUAGUUUCGCUCCGGAGAAGCAUUCGAACAUUUGGAAAUGUGGAGUGGCAAACACUCAUAAAGGAUCCAGAUUAUCAUACUUUACGCGAAUUAUCGGCGGCCGUCCAACUACACCUGGUAGCUGGCCAUGGCAAGUGGCCGUGCUAAAUCGAUUUCGGGAAGCUUUCUGCGGUGGAACAUUGGUAUCUCCAAGGUGGGUGUUAACUGCCGCGCACUGCAUUAGAAAACGCCUCUACGUUCGCAUUGGAGAGCACGAUUUAACGGUGAAAGAAGGCACGGAAUUGGAGCUUAGGGUGGACUCGGUGACCAUCCACCCGGAGUACGAUGCUGAUACCGUUGAUAACGACGUGGCUCUACUUCGUUUACCAGUUACCUUGACCCCGUCUCCUUCGAGGGGAAUCGCGUGUCUGCCUGCGCCAAAGCAGCCCUUACCUACGAACCAAUUGUGCACCAUUAUCGGUUGGGGCAAGUCCAGCGUGACAGAUGAUUUCGGAACAGAUGUGCUGCACGAAGUUAAAGUUCCAAUAGUGUCCCCAGAAACCUGCCGAGAGGUCUACAUAGAUUACAGAAUUACGGACAAUAUGUUCUGUGCGGGUUAUCGCCGUGGCAAAAUGGAUUCUUGCGCGGGUGACAGCGGAGGACCUCUGCUCUGCAGAGAUCCACGGAAACCCGAUCACCCGUGGACAAUUUUUGGUAUCACUAGUUUCGGCGAAGGUUGCGGCAAGCGCGGUAAAUUCGGUAUAUACGCCAGACUGUCUAAUUAUGUGCGAUGGAUUACAAAGGUGAUGAAACAAACGGACGAUCAUAUCUAGGAAAUAUGGCGCAUGUAUUAUAACUGUAAUUAGUAUUCAUGCAUAAACGAGCUUAAAAGUGAAAAAUAUAGCAAGCAAUCGGGAUACAAAUUUUAAGUUGUAUAUCGAUACGACAAAAAAUGCUCCGCAUUUAAAAGCGCUAAGUAUAAAGUUAAUUAUACUGCAACCUGUUAUUAUACCGCACAUUUUUUUUUUUUUUUCAAAAUUGUAUCGUUUUAUAUAAGAAGACAGGGAAUGAAGUGUAACUUAUGCGGAAAUUAUUGCGGUCAAUUAUACGAGUUUAUAUCGUUUUUCAUUUAUCUGUUUACUUAGGGUAAUGUGUAAUUGAUUGCGAAAGCGACCGAUUCGUAAUCAAGAAGUCCUGGGAUUCUGAUCCUCAUCCUACAUUUUUAUCAAAGGUUUCCUGUUGUCAUCUUUACCAUAAGAGAUAUUGCUCAUUUGCUACGACAUAAUUAAAACAAAACAAAACAAAAAAUCAAAAUUUUCCAAUUUGAAUGUUUUAAAUUAAAAUUUUGUAAUUUUUAAAUAUGAUUUAGCCUAUUAAUUAAAAAAAAAAUAAAAGUAUCAUUAACUCUUCAGUCUAUUCAAUUUUUAUUAGAAUUCUCUUUUCUUUGCAGAUAAAUAGAAAAAAAAACAACAAUUUUUUUAGUCAUGUAGCAAAUGAUAAAUUCUCAAUAUUUUUCAGCUACCAUUUUUGUUCUUUUCCAAAACUUGUAUAUUAUAAUCGUAUAUGCAAAUAUUUCUUUCAGACUCAUUUUUACUAAUGCAAAAUAACACUGUAAAUAAUUCACAUUAUUCUUUUAAUUAAUCUUUUAUUUGAAAAAAAAA